UCACGCCCGCCCUCCUCCCGGCGUGACAACUGGCGUACCCUGACUGCAAGCGGUAAGCACACACGACACCACACACAUGCGGGUGCACGUCACUUUGUUGUGGUUUGUGCACAGCCAUGGCGCCCACUCACCCGUCCUUCGCUGCACUGGGGGAGGGCGGCACAGGAAGAGAAGUGUUACUGAGGGGAGACACAGAAGACACAUAGGCACGUGUAUGUAUCUGCUCAUUGUGAAGAUACGUACUCCGACUUCUCCUUCUGCUGUUGUUCUGCUUGCAGCUCCGGCGCACUUGGCUCCACCAUUCCGCUUGCCGGAGCUGCCAAGUUCGGCACUGACCGAGCGACAAGAAGAGGGAGGGAUAUAUAGGUCCACAGAGCACAGAGACAUGUACCGAAACCCCCCACCCGCGCACCUUUCUGUGCUUGCGGCUCCUUGGGAGUGUGGCUUUGGAACCAACGCGAAAGAGGAUUGAACGAUCGCUCCGUGGACGGCUUACUGACGCAAAAUGGACACUUUGUCCACGUGUGUGUCCGUGUGUGUGUCUGUGCGUGUAGUUGUGUGGGUAGAGUACCCCCCCUUCUUUUCGAAGUAGUAGAAGUAGACGGCAGUUGAGACAAUCGCGGCGAAGGCAAGCACGGAGAAGGUGGCCACUGCCGACACAUGCAUGAAUACAGACAGACGUGCACUCAAGGGUGAGGUCUCUGUGUGUGGCGUGGGCAGUUGGCGUUAUAUGUGUACCCAAGGCGACAAUGAUUACGGGGGUCUUCUUGCUCUUCUUGCGGCCUUUGACUUGCCGGCCCUCGAGCUGCACAGACGCAUCGAGACAGGGACAGACACAAUCGUGCACAUUCACUUGUUUGUGCGCAUCCGUACUUCUGUCUUUGCCAGGAAGUCGGGGUCGAGCUGCGACGCCACACUCUCGGGCAGCAACUCUAUCCCUGCAUCCAUACGUGCAUACUUCUUCGUAUGCGUCUACGUGAAUGCAGACCGUUGGUUGGUACCUGACGCGCCGCUGGCUAUGUUGGCUUCGCUCAGCAGCCUACUGCCCGUCGUCCUGUAGAUGGGCUGCAUCGAUUGAUGACAUAAAUGCAUCCAUCCGUCCAUCCAUCCAUCAAUGUCACACAGCAGCCUACCGCCUGGUCGAGGUCGACGUCAUAAAUGCGUAUGGGACUAUCGGGCGACUGCAGCUGCUGCAUCCAACUGAAGACAGACACAUGAGGGCACUCAUACCAUGCAUGAGACACACUCACAGGUGUCUGUCUGUGUGCCCACUUGAGAGUCAAGUCCCCUUCGUCCUCAACUGUGGCUGAGUGGACUCUGUGCGCAGACAGAGAGGGUCAUGAGUUCAGACACAACGACUUGAGUGCUGACGGGCUGCGUCGCCUGCCUGAAUUUCAUGUUGACGGAGCCGAGGUUGAUGUCGACGAUCAGCACAUUUUCCUCCGAAACGUUCAGCGUCUGUGCCACGACUGUCAAGGGACACACCCGUGGGCGCCAGUUGUGUGUGUAUUCAUGUGUGGGUGUGGGUGUGCGGGUGCACCAUUUCUGAGUUCGGCGAGGCUGGCCGUGUUGUUGACCAGCUCUUGCAGCUCCUGUGUGCAAGGAGAUGCAUUGAUGCAUCAUUGGUAUGCCCGGCAUUUUCUGUGUAUUAACCUGUUCACCUGGUAGGUGAAGUUCUUCGUCAUGAUGAUUUCCUCUGCCUGCAUUUAUGCAUUGCGAUCAAUGCACACGUGCACGUGUGAGUGGACUGGGUGCGUACGUCUGUGUCGUUGACGUCGAAUGCUUUGAUGGUCACUUGUAGCACGUCCAGAUCCACAUCGUCUGCACAGACGCAUGGGGAUCGCGUGUGAAUGCAUCACGCAUCGAGCGUGCCGCAUUGUGCCCUUGCCGAGGUCGAUGGGCGGCUGAGUGGGUGUCGGCGGCCGCGGGGCGAGGAAGUCGCCAUCGGAGGGCUUCUCUGCCUCUACACACACACACACACACACACACACAUGCAUACGUGUGAGUCUCUUUUGCGCGAAAGAGGACACACAGGGGUAGUGUGUACCUGCUGGUACGUAAACAGGAUACUGCUUCCUUGUAUCAGUGUAGUCGAGGGCCGUCUCUGAGAACAGAAAGAGCAACCCACACACAUCCAUGUGGGGGGCCUUCUUGCGACGCCUAAUGGCAAUGCUGACUCAUCAUGACGGCGAAUCUAGGGUCGGUGGGCAGCAGAAUCCUGUCGAUGAAGUGGACAGUCGUGUCUUUGUUGACGCGUACGUUGGCCUUGACGAUCCGUGCGCUGGUAUAUCCGUAGUACGGAUGGCCCAGAGACACGAACACGGGAGUCUUCAGCGACCGAUAUAUGCCCUGCACACACACGUUUCUUUGUCCGCAGAGAGAGACACUGUACAUGUGUGUCUUUGAAUGUGCCAGGAUACAUCGUAUUGCUCGGCUUGUCGGCAAUUGGGGCAUGACAGCUUGUGCUUCUGCGUGAGUUUGGAGUAGAUAUGCAGCUCCUGGCUGUCGUACGCGUAUCCACUGGCCAGCUGCAGAGUGUGUUUCUCGUCCUUGAUCUUCGCGGGGUCGAUUCGCGAGAGAACAAAGUGGUGAGACAAAAUCUGUGGACACCCGAGCAGACACGUGUGGGUGUGCCUGUAGGCAUUCGCAUUCGCAGCUGCAUUGUUUGUGUACUGACCACGUGCAGGAUCUCCUGGUAGUACGGGACGAUGUGUGGGUAGGCAUUUGCAAAGUCCUCCCACCUGAGUUUGACAUCAACGGGUGUGUCUCUGUCUCUCGCUCGAGGCCUCAACGUAGUGUGUGUCUCACGCCUCAUUCGUCGGCACAAACAGCUGCACAACCACUCACACACACGCAUGUGCGCGUGUAGAGGUCCAUGUGUGUGCAGGUCUGCGUACCGUCCUGCCUUUCUUUUCUGCCUGUGUGUCGAUGUACUCCCUGAGCUUGGACACGUCCACAAACCUCAUGUACUCGACGAACACCGACACCUCCUGAGCACAUGACAAUCAAGAGGUGUCUCUCUCUCCCUCUCUCUCUUUCUCUGUAUGUGUGUGCCAGCUACGUCGUAUUUGGGGUCCUGCCACCACUCCGGCAGCCUCUUGCCGAUCCUGCUGUGGCAGUUUUUGGGGCCGGUGAUCGCGGAUUUUGCCUUCCUACGGGGGUACCCCUGCCACCGCGUGACAUCAGCCACAGACACCGGUGUGGCGAUGCACAUGCUGCAGAUGGAUGGAACGUGCGUACGUGCCUUAGUUUCCGUAAAAAGACGGCACUCUUUGUCGGCCCAGUAGUAGGUGAAGUGCUCGCACUUUUCGUCCUCCCAACACAAUGCCUGGGCAAAGACAAGACAAUGGACAGACAGUGGGCAGAGACACAGGCCGGCGGAUGAGUGGGUGCGUGCCUGGCACUUGUAUACGGUGGCAACGUCGGACUCAUCGCGAUAAUACGUAUACUGCUGCCCAUCGCCUGCUCGGCGAGUCUAUGUGUGUCUAUGUUUGUUUGGUGGAUAUAUGCGUGUGUCGUUCUUACUGUCGAGUGACAGCCUGCAUUCGUCAUCACAGUCGACGAUCUCAUAGCCGUCGUCAAAACAAGAGGGCAGGUGACCUGCACGCCCACGUUCGUCGGUCCAGCUGUCAGCGUGUGUCUCGGGCUAAUGAACUGACUUACUCCAUUCAUAGCACUGCUCCUCGUCCACACAGGGGUCCUUCCACAGCAUGCACUUGGCAGAUUCCAGCUGAAUGACACACAAACAAGGUACUCAUGUGGAGACACACAUGUAUGUAUGUGUAUACCCCUCCGAUGCAUCUGGCGUUGACGUCCUUGCAGCAGUGGGUGUCUCCGCAGUCGCCGUACAGCUCCCCACACUCACAGGCACGCUUGCCCGUGACGCUUUUUUCUGUAUCGUCUUUGUAUGUCCACAGGGGCAUGUUGCGGUAGCCGUACUCCUCGUCCAGUGUGGAGAGUGUGUAAAGUUUGCAUAUCUGUACGAGAGAGAGUCAAGGGACACGUGUGUUCUUAGUAUUUGUCUUGUUCUACCCUCUCGGCGUCGUCUCCUUCGCCCAAAUACAGGUUGAAGUAGUGGCAACUGGCCUUUUUCUGGCACUUGGACUGACACCUGCGCUCAUGCGUGUCGCACUCCAUCUGUCGCCAAUGUAUGUGCUUACUGGAGUAUUUCGCCCUUGUCAAUGGUCUUCUUUUCUUCACUCUCUUUCCAGUCAUUCUCUUUCGCCUGCACGGCGUGAUUGAUGCACGUAUCGAUCAGACACACACACAAACGAAGGGCUGCCCUGCCGCGCACCUCCUUAUGGGUCCACUUGAUCGCCUCGACAAAUCUGCCGCCCUUUGUCGAUCCCAAGUACACACAGCCCUCGUCAAAAUCUGCCCACGCCCACACACACGCAUGACGCAAACCUAUGUCUGAAUGGCAUUGUGAGGGAGGAUAUACGUAUACCAUCGAUUUUGAACAAGACAUCUGGUUCGGUGGGCACGUCUGGCUCUGGCUCGAUGUCGGACGGGAGGUCCGGCUCGUACACGGGGGAGGGGGCAGCAGUGGUUGUGACCGGCUCCACUGCUGGCGGGACCUUACCUGUGCAGAAAUGCGUGUCGGCUUCUGUGUACAAGUGCGUCGCUCUUCUUGUGGGACUGUAUGGGUGGGCACUGCGUGCGUCGCACCUGGCAGUUCGCAGUCUCUGUGUGUCGUGUACGCCCCUGUGUACUUUUUCCUGCAUGUAACACGCCGAUGCAGGAAUGGCACGGAAAACACACAGAUGCAUCUCCGUGUGUCCAUGAAUGUGUGUGGGUACAAUGUGGACCGUCUGGUGUAUUUGCCAUUCUCUUGGCCCUCCAUCUCGGUAUACAGAUGGCAGUUGCUCCUCCGGAUUGACAGUACCUGCGCAUGUGUCAUGUCGUGUCAUGUGGGAAUCCGGCAACAAGAAUGUAUCCGUGUGGAUGCAUUCGUGCACACACCAGUGAGAGUUUGAUUGUGUCAUCCGCCGAGAGGAUUUGGUCCUCCUCAUCACCCUCCUGUGCAACAUACAUACAUACAUACAAGAGUACGUGUCUCGCCUGUAUACAAACGGACAGAUAUGCGUGUGCCAUGACAUGCUCACCGCUCGAGUGCUUGUUGUGUUGAGCAGGGGCACCAGCACGGUCUCGCCCACCUGCCACUCACACACCCAUACACAUUCGUGUGUGUGGGGGCAUGGAUGGGCGUCUGUCUGGUGUGGUUAUGUUGGGUUGCGGCACUGGCCGACAUGUCGUGUGGUGUGGUGUGGCCACUUCUACACUGGCACCGACCUCCGUAGCGUAAGGGUAGAAGUAUGUCUCGUUGAUGCAGUAGAGAACGGGGAAGGGCGGAUCCCGGUUCUCUCUAUCCUGCGUGCAUAUGAUGGCCUCACGUGUCUCUGUCUACGUCCCUACGGUGUUACCUCUAUGUACUCGGUGAUGUUCUCUCCGAAUUGCUGGAGGUAUGUCCGAAUGUCGUCCGCAUCGAAGGGCUCCUGGACAUACGAACGAAAAUCAUACAUUCCGAAAGCCUCCCACACAAUGCAUCAUCCGUGACGUCCACUACCCUUUUGUCGAUGUCUUCGGCUUCUGGGAUGAUGAUCACCUGCACAAACAAACAUUGGUUUCAGACGGGAGUGGAUAGCACACGUGUGUGUGUGUUUGUGUGUGUGUGUGUACCGUCUUGUCGAGUUUUGGCAGCAAGACGAUGACAAUCGCGUCGUCAUCUGGACGCAUCGAGCAAGGUUGUCCCCGCACACCCAGGCAUCUCAGGAGACUGGGUGUGGCGUACCUGGGUCCCGGUCGGGAAGUAUCUUUUGGAAAAUCUUCCUAAAGGCAGCGAGACCGAUCUUGGGCAGCCUGAGACACAAACAACGCACGUAUACAACACACAGGGACAGACGUCUGGCUGGCUGCCUUAAACCUCACUUGGACUUCCCAUCCCUAUCGAAGAUGUCCAAAUGGAGAAAGGAAUCCUGAACGGGGAGAGAGAGAGACAGCCCGCUGGUCUACAUGGUCGCCUGCUCUCUCCGUCCAUGAUCUACGUGCCUCCGGUAAGGUUUGUAAGGCCCUCCUGGCAGCUGCCUCGCUCUCAUACUCAGACUCAUAAUCUUGCUCAACGCCGCCCUGGAUCUCCUGUGUUUUUGCAGGACACACAGACCGAUAUAUGGCGGAUAAAGAGGGGUUGGCUCACGUUGAUGAUAGGAACGAUGACCGCCUGGUUGGCGCAGCUGAUGAUGGGAAAGGAGUAGGGGAUCCCCUGGCUGUGGGUGGAGGAUAUGCCAGCCAUGCACACAGAUGUCCAUACGACGCACUGCGCUCGCCCGUACUUACGCGAGUAUGUCCUGGUCGACGAGUGGGUAUCUCCUCUUCUUGUCGAGGUAGGUGACGUACUUGCAGGUGGGCGACUUGAAGCACAGGGCCUGCAUAAGAACACGCAUAUGUGUGUACGUGUCAGAAAGGCGUGCGUGUGUGUGUCGUGCACACCUGGCAUUCCUCCACGGAGGACGCAUUUAGCAAACUGCAUGGAUGGAUGAGACUCUUGAACCACCCAUGAUGACAUAUUCGGAAUGAAUGUCAACUUACGCGGCGGGUGGGUUGUAUGCGAUCAUGUGUGCGGGUGUGUGGUUGACCGACUUCCACACUAUCGCCUCGUCAUUCUUCAGGCAGUCUAUCUCUGCACACACGUAUGGAAGCACACACAGACGGAGAGUCCCUGCAUCCCAUGUUCUUUCUAUGUGGCAUCCACCCACCGACCUUCCAAGGCUCUCAUCCGCCGCUUUCUCUCCCUUCUGCUCACUGUACACACAUUCGCUUGUUGUACAGACUCUCACUCACUAGAGCGUGUGCUUGUACGUGUCAGUCUGCGUCGCCGUCGAUCGCCGUUAUCGUCAUCGUCAUCGUCAUCAUCGCCUGCAUCCACGCGUGUACACGUACGUGUGUAUGUGUGCGCAGUUAGUAUGCAUGUGUGUUGUUCUUACCUCUGUACUUGUCAUCUUUGUACUUGUCAUCCUUGUCAUCGUCGUAAUCUACAUUCACACACAUACAUGAAGAGACGCGAUGACAUGCACGCAGCAAUCGAGCAGCACCGUCUUUGUCCGGGAGUUUCUCGUAUAUGUCCUUCAAGCGCUUGGCUGUUUCGGCAGAGACACAUACAUUGGGACGUGCGCUCAGUGCGCAGCGGAUCCGUGCGUACCGAUGGCGUAGAGGAGGUCAAUGAUGGUGUACUCCCUCUUCUUGUCGUAGUACCAAUCCGGCACAUGGUAGCCCUGCCCAGGUAACAUGCACACGUAUGCAGACGCGCUAGAAAAGGAAUACGUCUGAUCGUGCAGCCCACCCACUUCGUAUUCGUAGUAAUCGUGCAGAAUAUACCCUGUGUGCCGAUCCUCGUCGUAAUAGUCGCCCUGAUUCAUCAGGAUGAAGACACGAUGCAUUUAUGUUCCUAUGUGUCUGAUCUCAUGAGGUCAGCCACCUUGAACUUGCCGUAAAACCACUGGACGACUGAGUAGCGCUGCUUGAUGUAAUCGUAGUACUUGUGCACCUUUGUAUUUGUUCACACACACCCAGGAUGAAGAGACAUUGAUGCCAAGAGGCGUGGGCAGCCGUUCUCUUACAUUGUCAUAGUAGCUAUACAGAUCCUUCUCGCCGGUCCACUUGUCUUUGAUCUCUAUCAGCACACACACACACACAGAGGGACACACACACACAGUGGGACACACUCGAGUACUAUGAGUCGUGUUACUUUCAUAGAACUCGACGAUCUUGUCGUGCUUUUCCUUGAUCCUUUCGUGCUUUUCUACACUCAAUGGAUCAAGGAAAAGCAGCUGUCCAGUGUAUCUCUGUGUCUAUCUCACCGCUUAUGGCGUCGUAGCAGUCAUCGAUGUCCUUGUAGUGGUCAAUCAGCUUGCUUGAGCUGCGAACAUCACAAAGACAGACACACUCCCAUGACACGAAUGGCAUGCCACGUGUGUCUGUCUGUACGUGCCUGUCCGCGGCCGUUUUCCAGAGUUCUUCAUACUUGUCGUCCAUGUUUCGGUGGGCAGACCUGUGUGUUUCAUGGGUGGGCGGAUGUGUGUGGGUGUGGUGUAGGUCUGCAGUGGCCUAGUGGCUCACCGGACGCCAUCGUAUAUCUUCCAAAUGUUCUCGUAGUAGCGGGCGAUGUUGUGGUGGUACCACAGCACCUUGGGACACACACAUACAUGGAAAAAGUGAGCGACGCAGAAAGGGGCCCCACCCACCGACUUACAGUACCCCACCUCUUCGUAUUCCUUCUUCCUCAGUCGGCAGUCCGUGUGUCGGUGGAUCCUGCUGAUCUGCAUGGUUGAUCUGUCUGUCCGUCUUUAUGUCGGUCUGUCUGUCUGUCUGUGGGCUGGCUGUCUCCUGCCUGACCUGGUGCUUGAUGCGAUCGUACUCGCGCUGAGGUGAGUGGGUUCGGGUUGCAAAGACAGACAGAUGCACACACAGUACACAGAGGAUGUGCGUACUGCACUUACUUUGAUUCGGUUGAACUCUCUCUUGAUGCCUUCGUAGGUGCGCUGCUUGAUGCGGUCGCAGAUGCGCUGCACACGCAAUGUACAUGCAUUUCUAUGUGGGGGGUUUGUCUGCGUCUGUCCGUACCUUGAGCUCGUUGUAUUUCCCCUUGAUUCUCAUUUCUAUCUGCAGACAGGAAUUUGUGCACGUUCCGGCCCUGCAGCUGCCAGCCUGUGUUGACUUGGCUGUGCUCUCACCCUCCACGGGUAUUUGGUGUAGUAGUUCUUGAUGGCAUCGAACUUCGACUUGAUCCUGACAGACAGACAGACAGACAUUUAUGCAGACAUCCAUGUAAGUAUGAAGUACCUGUCAUAUUGCCUCUUGAUGUCAUCAAGAUCCCUCUUCAUCUGCACACACACACCCACACACACGCACACACAUCAAGAGGGAUGGGUCGAAUGGCAUUCGUUUACAUCGUCGUAUAGCCGUUUGAUAUGGUCGAUCUUGUCCCUGAUCUUGCCGUGGUGUUCCCAAACCUGCGGGUGUGUUCGUGUGUGAGAGUGUGUGUGAGUGAGUGUGAUUGUGAUUGUUCACGGACGUCGUUGCAGGUGAGCGACUCCUCUGGGUCAUAAUACUCGUCGUCCUCUUCCUUUUCGUCUGCCACACAAUGGGCAGCCAGGCAGGCAACACAACAGAGCACACAUACAUGCGGCAAUGCGCGGCUUGUUGUGUUGCUCACCCUUGUCGUCUUCUUUUUCCUUGUCCUCUUCCUAAACCAUCGAAUCGACAUAGUACGCCUGUGCCCUGCCUGCAGUCAUACGUGGCAUACAUACUUUCGGAACAAGGAUGAUUUCGUCGUCAUCAUCGCGCUUUUCCUCCUCCUGUUUGCACACACGUCUCGUGUGGACACACUCAUGUACGCAGAAACCCGCCAAGGUUCGUGCAUAUGCAUGUGUGUAUAUAUGAGAGCGUGCCUCUUUGUCGUCUGGUUGCUCGGGAGGGUUCUCCAUCGUUAUCCGCACGAUCUUGGUCUUCUUGUACCUACAUGCGCAUGCGCACAGAGAGAGACACAGCCACGUACAUGGAGACACGUGCGUGCGAGUAUGGAUGGUAUGCUGUUCGUUCGGCUCACUCACUUGACUACUUUGUCGCAAUCGUACGGCGGCAGGAAGGUGUACCAAUGCUGCACGAAGGUGGGCGCAAACGCUUUUGUGCGUGGGUAGGUGCGUGUGAGAGUCCCAUAUAGGCACCGAGUCGGGAUAGUAUUCGAGUGGCGUGCACUUGGGCUCCACAGCCAGCACACGGAUCGUCAGAUCCUUGCCUGUGUGGUUGAUUGAUUCGUCGACGCACACAUACAAGGGCAGCCCUUGAUCGGCCAUACAUGGAGGUCUCUCUCUCUCACUCACCCUUGGCCGCCUCUCUCCCCUGCUGGGCGACUUCCUUCAUGGCUUCCUUUGGCUCAAUCUCCUCGUAAAAGUCCGGCUGCAUACAUGGAUGUCUGGGUGUAUGCUGAGCCGCAUGCAAGCGCGUGUGUACCGCCCACCUACCCACCUUGGUCGCUCUGUCUGAGUCCCAGUAGUCCUCCCACUUCUCUUCAUACUUGGCAUAGCCAUCACGGAACCUCUCAGCUGCACACAGACUCCCCCGAGAUGCAUGUAUGUAUGUAUGUGUAUCCGCCCAUUCCGUGUCGAAGGUAAUCACCCAUUUUGUGGAGAAAGAAUGGGUAGAUUUUGAAGUCGCUGUAGCUCACGAACCAGUGGUACGGGAAUUGCUGCAGCAGGGAGACGCGUGAUCAGGGAGACAUCGGUGAAUGAGAGGGGUCAUCUGCGCACCUACCUCUUCAUUGGUGUUCCUCUUCUCCCAGGGGAUGAUUUCGAGCAUCUUGCCCUUGUACCACUUGUCCACAUCUGCAAGCCCCUCCCCCCCCAUCAUUACUCAGUGCACUGUGGACUCCGUGCACUCCAUGCGUUUGUGCAUAAGGUGUAUACCCCCGUGCAUCAUUUUCCACUCGAUGGCCUUGUUGGUCUUCAACCGAAUGUCUGUCAGCUUAUCUGCACACACAGAGAUGGGUACAUCGAUAUACGCAGGCAGCCCGUGCGUAUGUGUGUCGUACCUCCCUGGUAGUACUUCUGCUUCUCCUCGACGUGGUACAACUGCACAUACACACACACACACACACACACACAUAUGCAGCUGAUGUAAAAACUCUUUUCCAUUCGGGUGCGUGUGCCUGUGUGCGAAGGAAGGUACAUAGAGUUUCUUGUCUUGGUCGUCGUAAGCUGUGAAGUACACGGCUCCGGACUUGACCGCCGCCCACUGCACGUGCGAGUAGUCUGCCAGCUGCGAAACGAUACAGACACACAACAGAGCAGAAACACAUAUGUGACCCUACGUGUUCUUCGGCUGCCUGCUUGCCUGGUAUAUUUUGGCGCCGUCGUACGCGCACAGUUGGUAUCCGUCUUUCUCGCCAUACUCUACUGACUUGUACUGACGACAUACAGACACGUGCGCAUAUGUAUGUGUGUAUGUGUAUGUGUAUGUGCACACGAAGUGAGUACUUACUCUCAUGUAGAGGAGGUCCCCGAACUUGAAGAGGAACUCGAACGAUUGGAUGCUGCCCACCUGUGUGUAUGUGUGUGUGUGUGUGUGUGUGUAGAGACAGAGAGACACACACACAAAGGACGUGGCUCUUGUGUCUUGGUGUGCGCAUGUGCCUGUGUGGCUGCUCACUUCUCCGAUGAGCCUCUUGUUGCCCUCCUUGUCCAGCGAGAUAAGCCAGUCGCUCUCUGACACAGUAGUGCAGCAUACCACAGAGGCGCACUCAUACGUCGUACAUGCAUUCAUUCAGCGUACCAGUGUCGCCUUUGCCGGUUUCCCCAAGCCCCAACGAAUGCGCCUGGGAGCAGACAGACAGACAGACAGACUGGUGAACCUGUGGUGCACUUGUGUGUGUGCAUCAAGACGUACAUACCUUGAUGAGCAGUCUGCCGUCGUACUCGACCGUCUCAUCGUACUCGAGAGCGAGAUGGUAGAUCUGUACGCAAUACACACGAGUGUAUAUGCUGAUGUGUGCGUGUGUGCGCACCGACCGUGUCGCCGCUGAUGAAGGUCACGUCGCUGUCCCCUGCUCAAAUCAUGUAUUUGGACACAUAGAGAGAGAGGGAGAGAGUGCACAGCGUCAUUACAGGCACAUGCGCAUGCCGGUACCUUGAUAUUCGAUUUCUGUCUCUUCCACCUCCUCCCCGAUGUAAAAGAAUAUCUUGCCAAGAUCCUAAACGUGAAUACGGGGUGACUGGUGCAAACGAAGGUACUUACUGGCCGUCCCGCGUGUGGGUGUGUGUGAGUGCCUGCAUCGUCUUGUCCUUGGUAUUGUACAUGCACAGAUUGCCGUUAAGGGCACGGAAAAAGAGGACAUGCUGCAGAGGGAGGGAAGGAGGGAGGGAGGGAGACAUAUACGCAUCAUGGCAUGGAGUCCCGAGUGGUGGUUGGUCGGUGGUCGGUGGUUGGGUACCUCACAUGCGCCGAUGAGUGAGUAGAUGUCCACUUCCUUAUCCUUGAAGGCCACCCUCUCCCACUCUCUGCACACACACACACACACACACACGCACACACACACACAUUGAAAUGCAUCUGGCUGUGCGCAUGUGGGCCGAAUUCUCACUCUUUGUCGACGUCGUAUCUGUAGAGGGAUCUGUGUGCCGUGUAUAUGGCGACCGAUUCCUUGUCGUCGUCUCCCUUGGCCACCACCUUCACAAGCUGCGUAUGAACGCACACCCCUCCACGCAUAUAUACUCUUACAAUUGGAGCAGUCUUUCGUAUGUACCUUUGUGGGCGUCCAUUUGGUGGUUUCGUCGAACGAGGUGCACCCAAGUAUCUUGCUCUUGUCGCCAUCGUAUGCCACCAUGCAGAUGUCUUCGGCGUACCACAGCUCAAAGACGAACCAUUCUAAGUCGCCUUUGUGCACAAUGACGCCUCUCUCCAGGGGUGUGAGGGGCGGAUACCGCACAUAGUGCCUGGAGUCGUCUGCAUGUUUUCACAAAGAGGCACCCUUCUACGUACAAACACAUUUUAUACAUGUUGUGAGCAUACGCACCUCCUCGAGGCACGGGUAGCACAGUCGGCUUGAUGAUCGCCUGGUCGCCGUACACAGGCGAAAACAAGAAAGAGACAGCUCCACACGUAAAGCCAUCAUAUGCUUUGCUUGUGGGUGUGCGUACGGCGUCAGAGAUGCCUCCAGCGUAGUCCCCCUCCUUGCCUUCCUUCUGCAGGACCAGCAGGAGGCUCUUGUCGGUGAUGGGCUCCCUACCUGAGUCAACCACAUGUGUUUCCUUGUGGCUUGAGUAAGUACAUGCUCACCGAGAACGAUCAUUUUGUCCUUUAUGGGGACGCCUUUGGGGUAGAUGUAUGAAACCGGGACGCCCAAACCUGCACAUGUGCCGAUCGAUGAGUAUCCGUGUCUGUCUUUCUCGUGGGCUCGUUUGCGUACCUUCCUCCUGCAUGUCGACGAGCUUCCGCACCUGAUGCGACUCCGAGUACUCAUCUGCACAUCGACAACACGUCAUCCAUUGAACCUUUUGAUCCAUCCAUAUGCUUGCCUUCUGUGAUCAAGUCCCCUAUAGCCUCCUUCUUCUUGUCCUUCUCAUCGCUCGACGCCACAAAGCACAGUGACAGCAGCAGGAGGGUGAAUAAGUCACAGACGAUGGAUGGAAACAUCCCCAU